CGUGUUUUCAGGUUGUCUUCCUGUACACACACGACUGUCCGUUAGUCAGGGCUGGUGACUACCUGCAGUGCAUGACCCGGCGUGCAUGAGACCGUACCACAGUGAAAAAGACGAUUUUGCAAACCAUCAUGGAUCUGUCUUCACUGGUGAAGAAGCUUGGCCAUCAACUUGCAGAAAUUAGAGAAAGAUCACUUAAAAACAUAAUUUGUAAACUGGACCAUAACCUCCUUACUCCUGCGGAUCUAAUACAAGAAAAGUCCUUGUUUGUAUGUCUUCUUGAAUGGUUCAACUUCCCGGAAGUUCCAAUGAAGGAGGAAGUUCUACAACUUCUAAACAAGUUGGUGAAGCAUUCUGUAGCAGCUCAGUGGUUGAUCGAUAUGGGGGCAGUGGACUUUCUCUCUCAACUUCGACCAAAUGUGGAGCCAACGCUCCAAGUUCUAGUGGAUGAUAUCUUGGAUGGUCUAUUCCUUCUUCCCACAGAAAUCUCAUGUAAUGCAUCAUGGCAAGCACAGGAGUGUCCAGCUGUACAGCAGAAGGAAGACGUAUCCGUUGGAUAUUUUCAGCAAGACCCUGUAAGACUUCAGCCCACAGAAAUGUAUCAGGCAGAAAACCGAGUACAUCAUGGUAAAAGUACGUGCUUGAAGUUCUCUACAUUUCCCUGGCUGACAUUGACUACAACCGAUAAGCAUGUUCUCUCAUCAAAUGAAUCCUCACUGAGAAGCAAAGACCAUGGUUUAAUAUGGAGAAGUUGUCAUCUACUACAAGAUGUUGUAAUGGAGGAUUUUCCAUCUGAAAUCUUUCUGCAGAGACCAAAGAUUGUGAAGAGCCUUUUGUCUUUGCUAAGCCUUGCAUUUGAGCAAGAUGGACAACAGCAUUUGGCAUUUCAGUCUGCUUCCUGUUUGCUUCGCUUGUGUACACUGCUAAGAAACCGACUGAACUUUCAUAGAGAUCCUGGCUUCUUGAGUACUAAACAAGAUAUAAUUUCCCAGAAUUCCUCUGUGUCCUACCAUACUCCAGCAGCUCGGAAUUCACAGAGUGAUUCCCCUGAAAAUGAACGUCUUCGGCCUUCUGUGGUGGGACGUGCCAACCAGAGGCUCAGUGGAGAUGGGCAGGAUUGGGAUGCUACGUCCUCCAGUGGAAACAGUAUACAAGCGCAUCCAAACUCCAGGACAUCACAUUGGUCCCCAUUGGACAGAGGCCAUUCAGACCACGCAGAGCUUGAAAAUGAGGAUACCUUAGAUCUACAAUUUCAGCAGCUCAGUCUCCCCCAAUUUUGUGUUCUGGUUUUAGAAAAUGCUUCACCUCUGCUAAAAACAGAAAGGCGGAAGCUUUUAAUCUUGAUCCUCGAACUGCUUAACGAAAACCUGGCCCUGCUUGGUGCUGCCAUUUCAGAAAACGUCUGGGAGGACGGAAGUCUCGUGGGGCAAGAACUGAGAUGUAAACUGCUUUUCGUGCUUGAUACACUUGGGGAGACUAUAUUGUAUCAUAAAAAUACCAAUAGUUCUGAGAAGCCUGACUCUUCUUUUGUGAACCGCAGAAUGGCAUUUAUCAGCAUCUCUCUUUUUACAAUGCGACUACUGCAAACACUUAUCCCAGUGGAAAAGGCAAAUCAUGUGUUGCCGGAGAGCUUGAUGAAUGCUUUGUUUCUCUUAUCUGUCGACCUGCCGUUUCGCACUGCAUACCCCAGCGUUCAUGAAGCUGUUAUAGCUUUUAUGGAGCAGCUGAAUUCUGAAGACUAUUGGGUUUAUAAGCAAGCCUCGGAGACCGCCUAUUCAAUUGAAUGUACAACCACUUUUAUGUCCUGCUCCGCAAAAGAGGGUGCAAACUUUUUGGAGUUGGUGGAGCUUGCUGAAAAAGCCCUCGCUAGCCUUCCGUACCACAAACAUUUCCCUUUGAUCCGAAAGUUCAUCCACAUUUGCUCAAACAUCUACGGUUCUGCUCGGAGCGGCCCUGUAUUACUGGAGGAGAGUCAGAAAGUUCUCUUGAGAAUGAUGUCUAAUUGGGUGCCCGCAGUGAGGGUGGAGGCUUAUAAUUGCUGUCUUGAAAUUGUCAAGGAUUCUUUAGGAAUUCAUAAUGUCACCAAACCCGUGUCCUCUAUUUGCAAUGGUAUAAACUUUCUUCUUCAUCCUAAAGUUCUGUAUGAAAUCACUACAUUUGGCCUGCAGGACUCCAACAAUGAGGUUUGUUUGGCUGCUAAGGCUCUUCUAACAUAUUUCCUCCAAGGGCGUCUUGUGAUGACUGCAUCAUCUUGGAAUAAGUUUAUUGAAGCACUGUGUCCGGUCACACCGCUGUUACAGGUUUUUGCUGACAUGGAGGAAGCUUUAGGCACUUCAAUUGUGGCUUUAUGUGAAACAUCGGAAAGAGGGGAAGGAGUUUUGCCUAAAACAACUCUGUUAAAAACAGCGCUACGGUUUCUAUUUGCCAAAAAACUGACGCUACGUACAUUGGGCAUUAAGUGGCUAUCAGUCCAUUUAAUGAAUGAGAAGGAGUCGAACUGCAAGCGCCCUGAGCUACAAGGCAAUGUAAUAUCUAAGGCUGUCAGUCUUUAUGUCACUGAGCGAUCAGUUGACUUAAAGCUGGAUGACAAAGGGACAUCAUUUUUCAAGGCAGACACUGUCAGGAAAGUGGCUGAAAUCUUUACUUCAGAAACUGUGGACAUGGCACUUCGCAAAUCAGCGGCUGAACAGCUGGCAGUUAUAGCGCAAGACAUGACGAUGCACAGUGUUAUUAAGGAGCUGGGGAUUGUGGGAAAGAUCCGUAGCAUACUGCAGAAAUAUGUGCAUCAAAGUGGAAAGGAUUUUGAGGGGAUGGUUUUGCCGUGUCUGUCAUUACUACGAAAGGUGGUGUAUGCUGAUCCCGUGUUGCGCUUGUCCCUGGCGCAGGAUGCAGAGUUCAUCUUAAUUUUAACUAGAGUAUCUCUACUGUCGCAAAAUCACAGUGUUUUGUUGGGUGAAGCUGCAGCUGUGAUGUGUCUUCUUCUGUUCGAUGAAGUCUCACGGAUGGACACUUGGUCAGAGGAAGUACCUACCUCUCCACCUCCAUUCAGCUUGCCUGUAGCUGUAGUUAGACGAUUUCACCUUCCUGUCUCUGUGAGCACCCAUCAUGCAGUAAGUCCAUACACAAUGGCUUCCCCAUUGUGCUCAGAGUGGAUCACCAUGAAGCCAGUAUCGGAUAUGCUGCGGGUAGCAUGGAACCUGCAUUGGAACCAAGGAAUAGAUAACUUUUUGCAAAAUCUUGAAAACGAACCGGUUGCAAAUGAAAAUUUUUCAGAUACAUUAAAGUUAUCCCCAGAAGAAGUCCUGACAUUGAGGAUGACACACUCAACCAGUGGACUGCAAGAUUGCCUGAGUUAUAUCACUCAGGCUGUGUCUCAUGGGGAAGUUCGUUCUGCCGUUGCUAGGAUGAAUUUUUAUCUCCUAAAUGACAGACUGGUUCUAAACUGCCUCACUGACUAUAACAUGUCCUCCUUGAAGUGUUUGCCUUGGCAUACCGCAUUAAGCAGGUUUCUGCUGGUUCAACCAGCAUGCGCUGAAGAUGAAAAGCUACUAGCAGAUGUGAUAAGUUUCCUAAACAAGAUCCUGAGAGAACAGAGUCGAAGCUCAGACUCGCAGGAUCUCCAAUGGAUACUAGAGAUGCUACUUAAACAAAGUCCAAGUCCACUACUAGAUCUAAUCAUCCAGAAAGAGCAAACGGCCAAGAAGGACUUGGAUGAUGCACAAGCAGCUGUGAGGCAGCAUCUGCAGAAAGAGCUGAUGGUCUUUUUUAACACGCUAAUGCUCUGCUUAACUUCAGUUACUGACCGGAAGUGUCUGACUCUCGCUGGCUCUUUCCGGACGCAACUUUCCUUGCAAUUGAUUCACUGUUUGAAAGUGUCAGAUGCUCCCCAUUUUUAUGGGCUUCCGUCACUGGCAAGAACCCUGAAAGGAAUGGUUCAUGUGACAUCAAUGCCAGGUUGGAGCACACACUGCACCUCAAGUGAACCGAUGACAAUCUGCGUGAAGGCACUGACCAGUCUUCUUGAGAUCAUCUCAUCUUUUUAUGUGGAAUGGGGAGGAAAUGCUCUUUCCUAUAUGGGGAAAGGUGUCACACAGAGCACAGUAUUGUGCUUGCUUCACUUGUCCCAUGAGAUGACAGCUGAAGCCAGGAACACGGACUGGGUGCAUCUUUGGUCUUUACCCUAUGAUCAUGGUAAUGAAGAGCAAGUCAUGCCAAGACUGGGCUUAGAGUGGCUGAUACCUUUGUGGGUAGACAGAGAUCCAGAGGUGAGAUUUACAAGCCUGGCUAUUGGAUCAGCUUUGACAUCCCUUGAAGAAGGCUGUGUUAUCUUGUCUGACAGCUGUCAGAAUAUUUCUGGAGGCUUAUGGGGAACAGUGCUAAGUAUCUUUGUUGACCAGUCUGAAUGUAGCAUGGUGCGCAGAGAGGCUGCAUUUAUUCUGCAAAACAUGCUUGUUAUCCAAAUGUCUGAAAAUGCAGAAGACUCUAAAGAAUCAUCUUUUCAGGGCCCAAACAUACACGAUGAAGAGUCAGGAAUACUUCUAACAGGAAAACCUGCAAUUAAAACCCUUUUGAGAGAUUACCACUUCUAUGAGCACGUGAGCCACAUGGCCAAGAACUGCUAUCUUGGAUGUUUUACUUUUGACUUGGAUCCUCCCAUGGAGGCAUGCAAAACCCAAGAAAAUGUUAACUGUUCUGAGGAUUCGCUUUAUGUUUGGCAUAGUGCUCCCAAUGUUUCCAGCGCAUCUGGCUCAGAAUCCACCUUAAGCACAAUAAUUCUGACUUCAUCUACAAGCAGUGCAGACCACAUGGUUCCCAUCUGUGCGUCUUCUAUCUUGGAAAAUGCAACUAAUCAAGGGCUAGAUCAAGGUCAGAACAGUAAGGCCAGAACGGCAUCUCUGAGCUCAGAGGAGAUCUGCACUUCUGUGUGCACGCCUGACCAGCGGUCCCUAGUCACACCGUCUCUCUUGUCAGCUGUAUGUGGGUUACUGGAGAAUCUGCUUGUAAUGAAUCCCGAAGAUGUAGUCAGUGCCGUAACUGACCAACAUCUGCUGACAGAUCUGAUUAGUCUCAUAAAGCCAGCUGUGCUAGAAAGAUGUUUUUCUGAUCUCAAGACUUCAUUCACCCCUGAAGGUCGUGCGAGAAAUGUGAAGUCACAGGUGCUUAUUUUGCUGCAGUACCUUUCUGCCUUGUCCAAUUUUCUGCAGUCAUGCUUGCUGGUCAAUACUAGUUUGCUGCCAGAAGACGAAAUAUGCUCCUUACUGGCCACUUUGUUCUCAUUGCUGUUUAUACAACACAAGAAAGCUUUUGAUAUCGAGCUAAAAGCUGCAAUUUAUAAGUCAUGGACAGACAUAUUUUCAUUUUUAACCAUCUUGCUAAGAAAAAAUGGACCAGGUGUUAUCUCUCCCAUAACUGCAGCCUUGUCGAAGUGUGGGAUUGCAUUUUUUGAUACCAUUUCUGAAUGCUUAACGCUAUCUGAAAAAUAUCUGCAUCUUUACAUCGCCAGCCUGCAAUUUCUAUCAGUUCUUCUAGCAGAAGAAGGAAUUCGGCAACCAUAUCAGUCAAACGCAACACUCACUUCUUUAUUAGAUGGAAACAGAAUGGGAAGUAGCCUCUGCAAAAUAAUUUUACAGACAUAUGAAGAGAAAUCAUCAGAGGACCCCCUCAGACAGAUCAGUGGGAAUUGCUUAAUUCUUCUGUUGGCCAUCAGCAGAAGCGCCCAGGCAUACAGCCUACAAGCUCACCUUAUUGAUACCUGCACGGAGAAGAUGAAGCAUAUUCAUGCACAGUUAACGCUGGAGUCACUAAGACCAGGGAAGUCUUCACAGAAAAAAAAGGAAGAAAAUCUUUGCAAGGAGUUAAAAAUGAAUAUACAGCUUAUGAGGAACUGUAUUUACAAAAAUGAAGAGUGCAAAGCAGCUGCCCUGGAGUCUCAGUUUGCUUCUGUGCUGUAUUCUCUUUGGCCAUGGCUUUUGAUGGAUGACACACUCAUGCAAGGUGCUUUGCAAUUACUUUGUGUCUACACGGCAAACUUUCCCGCAGCUUCUAGUUCCUUAUGCUGCACUAACACUGGUGUAAUGUCCACCACGCCAUCACAGAAACCUCCAACAGGCAACUCCAUACUGCAGAGCGUUCUAAAGAUUGCUGCAGACCCAUCUUCCUGCAGCAGCCUUGUACAACAAGGGGGAUUUGGUCUUCUUUCUAAUGUUGCUGAUACCCAAGACUGCAAGUGUAUCAUUCAGAAGAGUAAUUUCUUGCAAAACUUUUUAUCCCUCUCCUUGGCAAAGGGCAACAACAAGAGCUUUAAUGUUGUGGCUAAUCUGUGGCUGAAAUUUUUGUGGAAUUUGUCGCUGGGAAGUGACGGUCAGAUGAUGAUUAUGAAGCUGAAAGGAAGCUUAGACUUGCUCCUGGAGCUCACAAGAUACAAGCAGAAGGUUACAUUCUCCACUGCCUUGCUUAUUUUACAUAACAUCUGCUUUAAUCAAGCCAAUAAACCGAAGAUACUUUCCAAUGAUACAAUUAUGAGUGUGCUAUGUGCCUGUCUGGAAAAUGAAGACCCCAAUGUUCAGAGAAUAGGGGCUUCUGCAUUAUGGGCUUUACUUCACAAUUAUCAGAAGGCAAAAGUUACUCUGAAGACUCCAUUGUUAAAAGGGAGAAUAGAAGACACCCUAUCUACAUUAAGGAAAAAUGGAUCUGCUUUUGAAGAAAGGCUUGAAGUUUAUCAUUUGAAAUGUCUGGAGAAUUUGGAGCUUGCUCUUGCUAGUUGAAAAUUAUGAAGAAGACUUCAACCAAGCCUGAGCUUGAUCUGCAACAUGGAUUCUGUCUUGUGCUAUGGGAGGAACUGCUGUUGUGAGCACCUAGAACUAUCAGUAUACAGUGGCAUGGGAUAUAUA